AUGCUAGGUCUUCAUAAAAAAAAUAGGACUACUACUACUACUGUGCACACUGCGCCAAGGUCAUCUCCGGCUCAUUUAAUAGGUUAUGCAAUCUUAAGGUUCUUCCAAUUCGCUUCUGCUGUCAUUGUAAUGUCUCUACUGGCUUACGCUAUUCAUUCUUAUGGAUUCCAUGGUUCAAAAAAGACUAAUUUUGUUUUAGCAGUUGCUGUCAUCAGUGUCUUUUAUAGUUUAGCAGUUUUCUUUUUAGCCAUUGCCAUGCCAAAAUUAGUCCUGGCUGGUCUGUUCUUCUUCUUUGAAGUAAUCAUGUGCAUGUUAUGGUUAGCUGCUUUUAUUGUCGAUGCUAAAGUUCAAGGUGAUCAUUCAUGUAAAAUUAGAACAACGGAUCAAUAUAAUCCAAAAUUUGGUUCUUUGCAAUCAUUUAGAGAAUCAGGCGGUGAAUAUAAUCCUUUUACUGGAAAAUAUACAACAAAUAAUCAAAAGACAGCAUGUCAUUCAGCUAAAGCUUCAAUCGCUUUUGCAGGUUUAGCUUGGGUUUUAUUCUUAUUAUCUUCAGUCUUUGUAGGUAUUAAUAUUUUAACCCCAGUCAUUUCUCAUUUCGGUGGUAAAGGACUGUUUAAGACAGGUUCUUCAAUGGGUACAAGAGUCGAUAGAGCCUCCGCUUUAACUUUAGUCGAUCCUAUUCAAGAUGGAACCACUACAGCUACAACCACUGGUGCUUAUGCUGCAAACGAUGUCGAGGCUGCUACUGGGGUUCCAAUGGCCGCAGGUCCAAACGUUCGUGAAGAUCAACAUACUUUAUCAACUAAUAAUACGACUCAUUAUGACGGUCAAGAAAAAUCUGAAGUCUCUAAUGAAGUUCCAGUGGUUGCUCAUACUUAA